AUGUCGAAACAGCAGAAGGUUACUCAAUACCAGGAGCGCGUUUAUACAGCCCUUCAGAUGAUCCCAGAGGGUCGCGUCACGACGUAUGCAGCCAUCUCAAAGGCUUUAAACAGCUCUCCUCGCGCGGUGGGUGGUGCACUGCGCGUCAACCCGUUCUGUCCAGAGGUACCAUGUCAUCGGUGUAUCGCCAGUACUGGUUUCGUUGGCGGAUACAAGGGUGACUGGGAGAAAGCACCCAGCGGCCAGAACCAGGAUUCGAAGCUGCAGCUACUGAAUGAAGAAGGGGUCUCGUUUGAUGAAGAUGGAUUCUUGGUCGAUAAGACAUUGCUGUGGGAUGAUUUUGACGUGGAAAAGUUGAAGUAA